UCACUUCCGGGGAAUCCUGGUGGUGCGGAGGGGCGCCAGGGGGCCACGUUGUGAUCAUAACCCCCGCCUCCGCCUCCAACCUACCCCCUCGCCGUCGCUGAAUGAUUGCGUCACCAACCAUUGGGUUGGGGGAACCACCUUUACAUCCCUCUUGGGCGCCUGACCUGCCUGUCAUGACGUCAUAACCCUGCGGAAGUGGAAAUCAAGCCUGGCGGGUUUUGAGGUAACCAGAUCCUUGAUGUGAGCCCCAUCAUACCUCCUAACCUCACUGCCUUUGGGGAGUCUGGAGUGGGGUGUAAGUCAGAAGAAAAAGUGGAAUGUGCAUGUUGGCUUAAGUAAAUCGAGGCAAGCAAAAAGGACUGGGGUGUGCGUGUUUCAAGACCAGGACCUGGCUAUCAAGAGACCAGACUCCUGAUCCAGAGCUCUCCUUCCCCAGGCCUCCUUUGUCAAAGGGGAACAUCCCAGCUCCCUCACCCACUCAUCCAUCUCAGGACCUGAUGGAGCCCAGAGGGACUAAGAGAGGACCUGGGGAGCUAGAGGUAGCUGAGCCACCCAAAAGGACUCCCCGCCCAGCUCCUUCACUGCCUACAGACCCUGCCCUCUACUCUGGGCCCUUUCCUUUCUACCGGCGCCCUUCUGAACUGGGCUGCUUCUCCCUGGAUGAACAACGCCAGUACCAUGGAGACGCUCGAGCCUUGCGCUAUUACAGCCCACCACCCACCAAUGGUCAAGGUCCCAGCUUUGACCUCAGAGAUGGAUACCCUGACCGAUACCAGCCCCGGGACGAGACGAUCCAAGAGAGGCUGGACCAUCUGCUACGCUGGCUCCUGGAACACCGAGGCCAGCUGGAGGGGGGUCCAGGCUGGCUGGCAGGGGCCAUAGUGACAUGGCGGGGACACCUGACAAAAUUGCUGACAACACCAUAUGAACGACAGGAGGGCUGGCAGCUGGCAGCUUCCCGGUUCCAGGGGACACUGUACCUGAGUGAAGUAGAGACACCAGCUGCUCAGGCUCAGAGGCUUUCCCGGCCACCCCUCUUGCGGGAAUUCAUGUACAUGGGGUAUAAGUUCGAGCAGUACAUGUGCGCAGACAAACCUGGAAGUUCCCCGGACCCCUCUGGGGAGGUUAACACCAACGUGGCCUUCUGCUCUGUACUACGCAGCCGCCUGGGAAACCACCCUCUGCUCUUCUCAGGGGAGGUAGACUGCACAGACCCCAAGGCCCCAUCCCUACAGCCCCCCACCUGCUACGUGGAGCUCAAGACCUCCAAGGAAAUGCACAGCCCUAGCCAGUGGAGGAGCUUCUACAGACACAAGCUCCUGAAAUGGUGGGCGCAGUCCUUUCUCCCAGGGGUCCCAAAUGUUGUGGCUGGCUUCCGCAACCCAGAGGGUUUAGUCUGUUCCCUCAAGACCUUUCCUACCAUGAAGAUGUUUGAAUAUGUCAGGAAUGACCAUGAUGGCUGGAACCCUUCUGUGUGCAUGAACUUCUGUGCUGCCUUCCUUAGCUUUGCUCAGAACACAGUUAUCCAGGACGACCCCAGGCUUGUCUACCUCUUCUCCUGGGAGCCUGGCGGCCCGGUCACAGUGUCUGAACAUCGAGAUGCACCCCAUGCCUUCCUGCCCGUGUGGUAUGUGGAAGCCAUGACCCAGGACCUCCCAUCAUCCAAGACACCGUCCCCCAAGGACUGAUUGAUGCUUCAGAGGGGCUGGUCCUGUCUCUGUGUAUACAGAUAAAGGCAUAUUUCUAAG